AUGUCAUUUUUCUUCAAUCGCGCUCGGUCGCGUCAACCGGCAGAUGUUGUUCGCUCGACAAAGGAAUUAUUGCUAAGGGUGCAAGAAGCGCCUGGCAACCCCAAGGCUGAUGAGGAACUAGCGAAGCAGCUGGGGCAAAUGAAGAUCAUUGUUCAAGGGACUCAGGAAAUCACAACAUCGCCUGAACAGGUCCACGCACUUGUACAAGCAACACUUCAAGAGGAUUUGCUCUUUGAUCUCUCACGAACUAUUCACCUACUUCCCUUCGAGGCUCGCAAAGACACCCAAACCAUAUUCUCUCACAUCCUCCGCUUUCGCCCGGCGUCCUAUGCGCCGGACAAAGAUCCGCCUGUGAUCUCAUAUAUUGUGCAUAACCGGCCGGAAAUUCUUGUCGAACUAUGUCGCGGCUACAACCAGAGCCAGAGUGCUAUGCCUUGCGGAGUGAUUCUGCGGGAAGCCCUGAAGUUUGACGUGGUCACGGCAGUGAUCUUGUACGACCAAUCGAGGGAAGACGAGCCUGCGGUACGACUGUCAGAGCUGAAACCUAGCCUUCCUCAGAGUGGAAAUGGUGUCUUUUGGGACUUCUUUCACUGGAUCGACAAGAGCAAUUUUGAGGUCAGCGCGGAUGCUUUCACGACAUUCCGGGAAAUUCUCACACGCCAUAAAAGCCUUGUGACAGCCUAUCUCGCGACCAAUUUUGACCUCUUCUUCAGCAGAUUUAACAGUGUUCUCAUCCAGUCAGAAUCCUAUGUUACGAAGCGCCAAAGCAUCAAACUACUGGGUGAAAUCUUGCUGGAUCGGGCCAACUACAACGUCAUGAUGGCAUAUGUCGAGAGCGGAGAUAAUCUCAAGCUUUGUAUGAAGCUCUUGCGCGAUGAUCGCAAGAUGGUACAAUACGAAGGAUUCCAUGUAUUCAAGGUUUUUGUCGCCAAUCCAAACAAAUCGGUUGCAGUACAGCGGAUACUCAUCAACAACCGAGACCGACUACUUCGGUUUCUGCCCAAAUUCCUCGAAGAUCGGACAGAUGAUGACCAAUUCACCGACGAGAAAAGUUUUUUGGUGCGCCAGAUCGAACUUCUGCCACGGGAACCUGUUGAUCGAGGCCGUCCCACCCGGGACGCCCAACCCGGGCACAACACGGCGGCAGCAGCUUGA